AUGAGCGAAGCGAGUAGCAAUGGACGAGAAAUGGACAUUCCACCUGACAUACAACUCAGACUGGAUCAAUCGCUGUUUAGUGGCUCCCAGAUUACAAAACACAUUAUGGAAGCUACGGAUGUUUCUUCAACAGGAUCCUCCACAGAUUCCUUGCACCUGCUCUUGGAGCGCCAGCGCCAGCGUCAACUCAAUCAUCCUAUGCAUCAAGACCAUAUCUCCACCCCAACUAGUCCGUCCCUACCCAAAGUCAAAGAAACUACGAAGGUUUCGUUAGAGUAUGACCCAAUCUCCCGGCGCAAGGUGCUGAACACCUAUGAGAUCAUUGGAGAGCUAGGUCAUGGUCAACAUGGAAAGGUCAAACUAGCCAAAGAUCUUGUGUCCAAGCAGCUGGUGGCGAUUAAGAUGGUCGACAGAAACGGUGAUAAAAGCAAUCGUUUUGGUUUCAAGAGAAGAAUGAGCGGGGAUGAUAAGAUCAAGCGUGAGGUGGCAAUCAUGAAGAAGUGCCACCACGAACAUGUAGUUAGGUUGAUAGAGGUUCUUGACGACCUAAAAUCGCGCAAGAUCUACUUGGUUCUGGAGUACUGUUCGUCGGGAGAAGUUAAAUGGUGUUCUGGAGACCAACUCGAAACUAAAGCUGAAGGACCCCCAUUGCUUACAUUUCAGCGAGCUCGAGAAAUUUUUAGGGAGGUCAUAUUAGGGCUGGAAUACUUGCAUUAUCAGGGAAUCAUACACCGCGACAUAAAACCUGCUAAUUUAUUGAUUUCCGGGUCCGGAACGGUGAAAAUUUCUGAUUUUGGAGUGUCUUUUGCCGCUAGUAAGAAUGCGGAAGGUGAUGGAACGUUGGACGAUCUCGAACUUGCGAAAACAGCUGGAACUCCUGCUUUUUUUGCCCCAGAAAUUUGUUUGGGACAUGAAGCGCCGGAAACAUUCCAAAGUUGCGAUGAUUCUGAACAAAAGGGCUCCAUUAUUUCAAACAAAAUAGAUAUUUGGUCAACUGGCGUAACGCUUCAUUGCCUAUUAUUUGGUAUGCUCCCCUUCCGUUCGGAGUUCGAGCUAGAACUGUUCAACAAAAUCAUCAAUGAUCCAUUGAAAUUGGAGCUAUACGAAGAACUGAGGAAAAACGGAGUAUCCGAAGUAUCUUCGAGAGAAGAAUAUGAAGCGGCAAAAGACUUAUUAGGCAAACUGCUGACGAAAAAUCCUUAUCAGAGGAUUGAUAUACGCGGCAUCAAAAACCAUCCCUUCACAUGUUGGGAUUUUGAGCAUAACUUAGGAAAUGAUGAUGUGGCUAACUUGAGUAGGCUGCGAGAAAAAUUGAGCUUUCAGAGCGCACAAGAAGAAGAAUAUCAACAAAUUUCAAUAUCUACUCAUGAGUUAGAUAACGCCGUUGGUGGUAUUGGAAACAAAGUCGAGCACUCGCUUUACGACUCUUCAAGACAAGAAUGCGAAUCUUCCCAAACACUGACUGAAUUUAAUAAGGAAACUAACGAAACUAAUGAUAACGAUGACAUAUUUAAUGACCAUACUGAAACUAUUAACAGGUUCUCCAAUUUGCGCUUACAGGUGACUGAUAGCGCAUUCACAAGUAACGGCAAUCUCAUUUUAGGUGAUGACCCAGUGGUCAAUGGCGAACACAAUAACCAGAGCGAACUAAGCGCAAGAGAAAUUUUCCAACAAGAGUUGCAAAAGUUCGACAGUAAAAGAGAUCCUAGUGCCAUUGUGUCGCUCCCUGUGAACUCUUCGUUUGCCUCACUGGACAGCUUUUAUAUGGAUGCAUACGCUGCACAUCAGCCACCCACUGACUUGAAGCCCCCCGUGACGACUACUUUGGCAAGAGAAAAGCCUAGGAUGGCUUUUGCACGGCCCCCACCAGCACUUGCGUCUUCUAGAGGAUCACAGGAUCGUAAGGCCUCUUACAAUCUUGGAAAUAAUGCCGGACAUAAAAACCCUUAUACUAGUGCCAGAUAUCGUGAUACUGAGGUGUUGGCUCCAAAUGAAUGGAACGCUCGAAAUGUUGGGUAUUCGGGGUAUCCCAACGGAAAUAGAUGGCCACAGGUGAACCCUGCUGAGAAUUCCAAGCUAAGACAAAUUCCACGUAAUCAUAUUCCGACAUCAGCCACACCGGCCUCCUUUGUGGUUGCCCCCAAGCCUAAAAAUAGGGUAAACUCUCUGGGCAACGAACAACAUAAUUUUACAGAAGAGAACGGCAUGAAUAGGCUAGCCAAUGCACCGGCGGGUAGGCGAGGAAAUUUUUUUUCAAGUUACGACGGGAGUGAUGAGGACGACAGUCAAUCAACUACUACCAGUGCAGGCUCUACGUCCCAUAAUAACUACACAUCUGACGAUGGCCGAUCAGAGACUGAGUCUUUACCUUUUGAGUUUGGUAUUGAUUCUGAGCACGGAAGUUUGGUUUCUCUUAGAGAUAUUCCAAAUGAUAACGCCGGCAUGACUUCAUUCAGUUCACGAUUUUCGAGAAGUAGUCACGAUGAUGAAGGUGACGAUGAGGAUAAUGAGCUGACAUUGAACAUUGGUAAUGCUGGCCAUAGCCGUCGCCAAAGUUCUAUUUCAAGCUCUUCUAGCUCCCGGAGAUAUAGACGAUCCCGAACUCCACACCUCAGCCAUCCUCAAGUUCAAGUGCCAGCAUUUCGUACAAAGAUUUUCGAAUCCACCACUAAUCCAUCAGCUAAUAGCGUUACAACGCUCACUGCUGGUAACCGUGACCCGUCAUUUGACGCAGUGGUCAAAAUGAACUCAAGAACUUCUGAUAUUGCGCCAGACGCUGAGGGUUUCAUACUGGAUAGCUCUGCCGACGGGGGAGUCGAUGUUCCAGUCGAUGUCAUGAAUAUGAUACCAGAACUUAACGUUGCCGACGAUCCCAAUGGUGCACCUCACUUCAAUGAGAAGUGUGCAACACCACGAAUUUCAAAAACUGUUCAGAGCCCAUUGUUUUUUCCUAAUGCAACGCCUCUAGCCUCUACUCAGGAGGUUAGUGUUAGUCCGAUACCUAGUAAUAAUAAUAAACGGGAACGGGCCCGUGUUACAUCAAAGGACUUGCUUCAGAGUGUCCUCACUUCUGCUGGCUCCAGUAGAAGACCAUCUGUGUCCCCAAUGGCACAUGCGCCUUCUGGCGAUAAUAAUGUCAAUGAUUCCUACGUCAAUCAUUAUGAAGGAAAGCGAGAGACCAAAUACUCUUCCAAGACUCAGACACGAAGAACACCCGAGAAGGGUAGGGAUUUGAAGGGGCGAUACCGGUCAAAGUCGGUAAGUGUGGGACUAUUAGAUGAGCGAAAGUCUUGA